CGUUCUGCGUACAUAGGCUAGGUUUAAACAGCAACAAGAACACGGCACGGGACCCUAGAACCAGCAAGGGAAACGCAGUUUUCCACGGACAGGAAGAAGAAACAGCAUCCAAUCGGCGCCGGGUUCUCAAUGGCCAAUCAAACCUCGCCUUACACUGUAGCGCUGGGAGAAAGGGAGCUGGACUUCUAUGUUCCCUGGCGGGUGCCUGCAGUCACCUGGUAGGGGCGCGCGCCGGGAAGCUGCUUUUGUUACCUGGGCUACAAGGGGCGAGCAGUUGUGGCCUCGGUGCUUGCUGGAUUUGCUUGUAUUUGUUUUCAGCCACUGCUCAUGUAAUGCACUCCCUUAACCAGGAAAUUAAAGCAUUCUCCCGGAAUAAUCUCCGGAAGCAAUGCACCAGGGUGACAACGCUAACUGGAAAGAAAAUUAUAGAAACGUGGAAAGAUGCCAGAAUUCACGUUGUGGAAGAAGUAGAGCCGAGCGGUGGGGGUGGUUGUGGUUAUGUGCAGGAUCUUAGCUUGGACCUGCAAGUUGGCGUUGUUAAACCAUGGUUGCUCCUGGGGUCACAGGAUACUGCUCAUGAUCUGGAUACACUGAAAGAGUACAAGGUGACUCAUAUUCUAAAUGUUGCUUGUGGAGUUGAAAAUGCUUUCCUCAGUGACUUUACAUAUAAGAGCAUCUCCAUAUUGGAUCUCCCUGAAACCAAUAUCCUGUCUUAUUUUCCAGAAUGUUUUGAAUUUAUUGAAGAAGCUAAAAUGAAGGAUGGAGUUGUUCUUGUUCAUUGUAAUGCAGGAGUUUCCAGAGCUGCUGCAAUUGUAAUAGGUUUUUUGAUGAAUUCUGAAGAAAUUUCAUUUACCAAUGCUUUUUCUUUGGUGAAAAAUGCAAGGCCUUCCAUAUGUCCAAAUUCUGGCUUCAUGGAGCAACUUCGUACAUAUCAAGUGGGCAAAGACAGCAAUAAGUGUGACAAAAAACAGGAAUUAGAAAGGGACAAGAGUUCAUGAGUUGCAUUCUAGCUGAUGACGGACAACUAUAAUUUCUGAAUUGACUUCUAUAGCCAUUUUCCCUCUUUUUUUUAGGACAUAAACUAAUAAAAAUCUUCCUUUUAUCUUGCUUACAAAUGGAAUUGAGGUCAAUUUGUUUUUUUCUGAACUAGUAUAUGAAUUUUAAAAUUAUAUUACUUUUUCUUUGUUAUUAUAGUGUUUGAUUAAAUGCUUCUUUGAACUGCUAGGGAAACAACAGUGUAUUACCCAUCAUUGAUAUCUAUAGAAGAAAAAGGGUUAAAUUUAAAGUCUAUAUUAGAGCAAGGAAAGAAUAAUCAGCUAAUGAAGCCUUUUGAUACUUUUCUAUUCCACCAACUGUUUUCAUGAAGGAAAGAAUUUGAUAUGCUAUUUGACUUACUGUUUCAAAAGGAGAUAAAUUUCAUUGUAAAAAAUAUUUUUAAGUUUGAAAAUAAAUACUUUCAACCUUCCUGAAGAGGUGCCAGUAUCUAAAGGUUUAUUUAGUAUUUAUAUAGUGGUUAAAAUAUUUUCCAAAUUUUUAAAUCCUGUUAGGAAAACAUACCCACUUCUCAUUUUGGUUUUUUUUUUUUAGCUUAAUUUUAUUACCUGCAUUUUUUUUAUUUUUAAAAUAUGUGAACAGAUAUUUUUCCUUAUAUUAUUGUAAGUGUGUGGUUAUUCUUUUACAUUUUGUGCUUUUUAUCUUGGGUACCUAGCAGGCUGUUGUUGGUUCCCAUGUCAUAAUUUUUUGGUCUCCAUGGGUAUGUCUUAUACCGAAGGGUAUUUUUCUUAGAUGUGUUUUCAUCUAUGAUCUGUUUUCUAGUUCAAAAUGUAUUUCUUCCAUGAUCUAUUUUCUAGUUUAGUCUCCUACUGGAGAACAUUUUAUUUAUUUAUUUGAGAGGCAGAGAGAGAGAGAGAGAGAGAGAGAGAGAGAAAGAGAGAGAGAGAGACAAAGAGCUCUCAUCCUCUGGUUCACUCUCCAAAAGCCCAUAAUGGCCAGGGCUGGGCCAAAGCUGGCAGCUUGUAACUGAAUCAGAUCUCCCACAUGAAUGUCAAGAACCAAAUCUAUUGAGCCAUCAUUGAUGCCUCCUGGUUUCUGCAUUAGGAAACUGGAGUCAGGACCAAGAGUUAGAUUUCAAACCAAAGUACUCCCAUAUGAGAUGCAGGAACCUCAACUGGCAUGUUAACCACUAGGCUAACCAUCCAUCCCAUGAGCACCAUUUUAAAAAUGUUUUAUUUCACUUUUAUUUGACAAACCAACAGAUGGAGAAACAGAAAAGGACAGGGGACAGGUAGGGCAGGAGAGAGAGAAGCAGCUCCUUUUUGCUGGUUCACUCCCUAAAUGCCCACAGUGGUUGGGACUGGGCCAGGUUGAACUUGAAGCUAGGAACUCAAUUCAGGUCUCCCACAUGGGUGGCAGGGGUGCAAUGACUUGGGCCUUCUCCUGCUGCCUGUUAGGGUCUGCCUUGGAAGGAAACUUGAGUCAGAAGCUAGCACUUGAUAGGGGACUUGAAUAUCUUUGCCAGUAUCAUAACUACUAGGCUAAACAUGUGCCUCAGAGAACAUAUUUAAGGAAAGAAGUAAAGUUAUGGUUUUGUAAAUUCUUAAGCACAUUGUUAGGAGGCCUAAAAUGAUUUAUAAUUUAAUCUUUGGUUAAAGGUUUUGAAUAGUUUCUUUUUGCUGUUUCCAUAUUGUUAAGACUGAACUCUGUACAUUGUAAAUUUGCCUCCAGAUUUUGAAAUUUUUGGUU